AUGAGGACGACGGUUAGGUUGGUGAGUCUUUCGGAGACAGAACUCAGCAAGGAAAAGAAGACUUUCAGAUGGAGAAACGCUGUGCAGAUAUGCGAAGGCGUUUUGGAGUAUUACAAGGAGAAGGCCUUGUUCUAUUUCGAGAAGGCCGUUGAAGCCUCUCCAAAUGACAGCAUUAUACUUGGAGAGUACGCUCGGUUCCUAUGGGAAAUCGAAGAAUGA